AUGGGGCACCGCACAGAAAAAUGCUGGGGUAACAACAAGGUAGUUAAGAAAGAAGGAGGCAACAGAAACGAUAAUGAACGAGGACAAAACCAAGGCUGUUUCAAUUGCGGUGAUAUGGGACACUUCAAGAAAGACUGUCCGAAAGAAAUCAAAGGCCGCGGACGAGCCUUUGUGGCUGGAGCCAAAGAAGCGCGACAGGCUCCCAAUGUAAUCACCGGUACGUUUCCUGUCAACGAUCAUUUCGCUUCUAUUUUAUUUGAUACCGGUGCAGAUUUUAGUUUUAUAUCUUUAGAAUUUAAAGAUAUGCUUGGACUAAAGUCAACUAAACUAGAUGUUCCAUUCACUAUCGAAUUAGCGAAUGGAAAGGUGAUUGAAUCCAAUAACAUUAUUAAAGGAUGCUCCUUAGAGUUAGGAGGACAAAAAUUCAAAAUUGACCUAAUGCCCGUUCAACUAGGUAGUUUUGAUAUCGUAGUUGGAAUGGAUUGGCUAUCCACCAACCAGGCCGAAGUCGUGUGUUACGACAAGAUCAUUCGAAUCCCCCUUCCUAAUAACGAAACACUUCUUGUUCACGGUGAGAAAAACGAAAUGCCGUUACGAAUCAUUUCCUGUAUGAAAACCCGAAAGUGCCUACGAAAAGGAUGUAUAGCAUUUUUAGCGCACAUUAUUGACAAGAAGGCAAAGGAGCUAAAAAUUGAGGAAAUCCCGGUUGUGAAGGAAUUCCCUGAAGUCUUUCCAGAAGACUUGCCGGGAAUACCUCCACAACGACAAGUCGAAUUUCGAAUAGACUUAAUUCCAGGUGCCGCACCUGUGGCAAAGUCUCCAUACCGAUUAGCUCCUUCGGAAAUGCAAGAAUUAUCCACACAACUUCAAUAG